UUUCUAUUGGUGGAGUGGUGGGUGACAGAAUAAGCUUUGGUGAAGACAGGUUGUGGUCAGAUUUCUGCGUUGGUAUUGGUCAGGAGGCAGCACCAGUGUGAGGAGGAGGAUUGUAGAUGCUUUCCACUCCAUCUGUUGUCAGUCACACUGCUCAACCUGCAGCCUCAGGAAACUGCACUCUGCUGCUCAACCAAAAAGAAGAGUUUGAAAGCUGAUCUCUUAGGAUUGCUGCUAAACUCAACCAGGAAACUAAUUUUGCUCAGCCCCACUUGGAUUGACAGCUUUACAUUCUCCAACUCUUUAGAUACUGGAUACUAGAGAUUGGAUACUGAGAUUUGACUUGAUUUUUGAGGGAUUUUGUCAUAAAUCUGGGUUUACUUUACCAGCACCAUUAUUGGGAACUUCCCCCUAACGUUUGUCUGACUUAUGCUUUGUUGUUGGAAUGACCAAAGGCAGCAUUCCAGGAGAGAAAUUGUAGGAGUUCUUGCCUUUUCUCUGUUUUGCUGCCUUGCUGUUUCUUUUGGAGCUGCGUGCUUCACUCCAAAGACCAGUCACUGAGCUGUUAACUACCAGCAGUAACAGUGGGGUCUGUCAGGUGUCCGGGAGCUCACGGAGGGUGUGGAGCUGGAUGUAUGAGACAGCUUCAUGGGCGUGAAAAACCAUCUGGAGGAUGGGACAGGCCACAUCCUCAGCCUGGGGCUGGAUCUAGACUACCUCCAUGUGGAAGGUGCUAAGCGGCAGGUCAGCCUGAGCACUGUGAGGGAUCCUGGGAAUAUAGGGGUCUUAAAGGUCAAAGCUGGUGCCCCGAGUAACAGCGGUAACAGUAUUGGUAGUAGUAGCACAAGUUUUAGUACUAAUUCAAUCUGUAGCAGCAGUAGUAGUUGCAGUAACUUCUCAGACAGUGAUGAUGAACGGCUCCAGAAUGGGUCUGGUUCAGAAUCUCAAUACCCUCAGCAAGACCAGCCUCACCUACAGCACCAGGAGUCAUCUUCAGUCUUUCAGACAGUCAGGCUGGACCUGGCACCAAACCGAUCCCCUGGAGACCCCCCACAGCCAGAAACAUCAUCCUCCACUGACCCUGUCACAGACUACCGCGCCAAGGUGGAGUUUGCUCUCAAGCUUGGCUACUCUGAGGAGCUGGUGCUGCUGGUGCUGAGGAAACUGGGCCCAGACGCACUCAUCAACGACAUGCUGGGCGAGCUGGUCAAACUGGGAACCAAGACAGAGAUGGAGCAACAAAGAGGUUUGACUGUCUCCCAGUCUCCCUCCUUCUCUUUGUCAUCUGCUUUGGUCUGCUCCUCCUCCUCCUCUUCUUCCUUCUCCAACUCCUCUCCGGACUCCUGUCGGCUGCUGUGUCCGUCGCAACUGCUGGAGGACAAAGAAAACCUUCGGCCCGUUGUGGUGGAUGGGAGCAAUGUAGCCAUGAGUCAUGGAAAUAAGGAAGUGUUCUCCUGUCAAGGCAUCCAGCUGGCCGUUGAUUGGUUCUUGGAGCAAGGCCACCGUGACAUCACUGUUUUUGUCCCUGCCUGGAGAAAAGAGCAAUCACGACCUGAUGCUCUCAUCACAGACCAAGAGAUCCUACGGCGACUAGAGAAAGAGAAGAUUCUGGUCUUCACCCCAUCUCGCCGCGUGCAGGGACGCCGUGUGGUUUGCUACGAUGAUCGAUUCAUCGUCAAACUGGCCUACGAGUCAGACGGCAUCAUUGUUUCCAAUGACAACUACCGUGACCUAGCCAAUGAGAAGCCAGAGUGGAAGAAAUUCAUUGAUGAGCGUCUACUGAUGUACUCCUUUGUAAACGACAAGUUCAUGCCACCAGAUGACCCACUGGGACGCCACGGACCCAGUCUGGAGAACUUCCUGAGGAAGAGGCCUAUUGUUCCUGAACACAGGAAGCAGCCAUGUCCUUAUGGGAAGAAGUGCACAUAUGGCCACAAGUGCAAGUUUUACCACCCUGAAAGGGGUAGCCAGCCCCAGCGUGCCGUGGCUGAUGAGCUCCGUGCCAGUGCCAAAAUGUCAUCAGUAGCUUCUAGGGGUCUACUGGAAGAUGCCCUGAUGGUGAAGAGCCAAAGUUCUGGUCAACCAGAAGGAAUGGCUGAGGCCGAGCCAAGUCGGGGCACUCCAAAGAAACAGCCAAGCCCCAGCCUUCGGAGCUCCUUCACUGACCUCUUGGAGGACAAGCUUCGGAUCAAGUCCAAAGUGGAAGGACGUAGGGGAAGCAACAGCAGCAGCAGCAGCAGUAGCUGUAGCAGUAGCUUUCUAGGGUAUCCUGCUCCAGGGGGGGGGCCUUCAUCAGGAAGCUUUGAUCGAUGGGAGCACCCUGGGGGAAGUGGUGGAGGCAGCUUGAGGGUUGCUGGAGCAUCUGGACCAAGCCAGACUGAAACUUACCACAGAUGUGAGUCUCCAGAGCUGGGCUACAGCUCACUGGUAAAGGCCUACUCUAGCCUCAGUCUGGUAGUGCCACAGAGUCCUGAGUGCUUCUUCCCAGCUGAUCUGCGAGCUGGAUCGCUGCUGUCAGACUGUAGCAGUGAAGGCAGUGCCAGCUCAGACUCUUUCUCCCCUGACCCUCUGUUAGACGAUGGUUCCAAAUGCCACCAUCACCACCACCAUCCUCACCACCAUCAUCACUGCUCUGGCCACCCUGUAAGCCGUGUUCCUCCUGGACUGGGCCAGCAUGCUCCUCAUAGCUAUCCUGUUCCUCAAGCACUACGGAGACAACAUGGUUUUGGCUUGGAAGACCCCCCAUCUUCUGUUACCUCUCAUGUAUCUCCACGUCCCUUCAAGUCCCCUUCACCCUACAUCCCACCCCACCUUCGGCAUCCAUUGCUGAGCAGUUUCCCAGGGGAAUUCCCAGCUCGUUCACCCCAAACAUCCACUGCUCACUCCCACUCUCAGAGCAAUUUGAUGGGCUCCCUUUGGCAGGAAGGUGGGCUCCAGGACCCCGAAGUGUACAAAGGGUCACCACUACAUUCCCGAAGAAACCACUCAGGGCUAAACCAACAACCACAGCAUCAGAUAAACUGGGACCCCCAUUACCAGCAGCCCCCUAAGCCUUGCUAUGAUCCAUAUGGCUUCCAGAGCCUUCCAGAAGUUCAUGAGAAGGCUUGGCACUCUCCUUGGGGCAGGCAAGCCCAUUCAUCACCCCGUGGCCUUUCAGCAUCCAGUCUUCCACCUCUCCCUCAGCUGUCCCUUCCAUCCAUCACUAACCACAAAAGCCACCUGUCCUCAGUGCCCCAGCAACAGGAACCCCCUGUCUUGGGUCAAUACCAGGACCUUAGAGAGAGGGUGUUUGUUAACUUGUGCCGCAUCUUCCCUCCAGACUUGGUGAGGAUGGUGAUGACCAGGAACCCUCAUGUGGUGGAUGCUCAGGAGCUUGCAGCUGCGAUUCUGAUGGAGAAAUCGCAGCACUGUUCUUGAAUUAAGCCAGAAGGUGGAGUUACAGCCUAAUCUCAACUGGGCUCACUUCUGCAGGUUUAUUUCUUGUUAUUAUCUUAAUUAUUAAAGUCAGGUUGGACAUGCACAAACCAAAAGCACAAGAUAUGAAGUUCAUUUAGCUGGAUUAAUGGACUGCAUAAUUUCAUAACAGGGAAGUUGUCUCAUUAUGUUUAAUGGUAUUUUUGUAAAGGGAAAUUGCCAUAUUUUUCAGUGAAUAUGCCUGCUAUUUCAGCACUUAAGAUCAGGGAAAGUUGGGGUUCAAUGUGCAUUUUGUGAGCUAUUUUGGGUUAUGAGUAAAUAUCUAAAGGUAGUGUGCUAAGGGAGGCUUUUAAUUUGUUUUAAGGGUGACAGUGUUGUUUAUUUUAAAUUAAUUUAUUUGUUAUAUUUUAAGUUAUUUUGAUGAUUUCUUUUAAAUGAUUCGGUUUUUGGCACUUUUUAUGUUAUUGCUGUGUUUCCUUGGCAAUCAUAUCAGGGUAUAGGUAUAUCUAAAAUUCCUAUUUACCAUCUGAGCGAAAUACUUCUGUUUUCCAGUCACGAAGAUGAUGACAGCGUAGGUUAUGUAAAAUAAUAUAUUUAAUCGUGAAAUUUCAUUACACAUCACAAAUAUAUUCCUACCUUAUUUUAUGGUCGAAUUAGCUAAACAAACGGAUCAAGGGUUUCUCUCUAGACUGGCAGGUGGCCGAUCAGAUGCUGUGGUGAGAUUUUGUGGAUUUCCCCCACACGGAAGUGAAAGUCAAGCGGCACCGACAAAGAAGAUAGCAAAAACUCCACUUGAAAACCCCAAGCUGUUGUUCACUUUUGAAUACGUUUAUUUCCUCUGCUAAGAGCCCUGUCAGCUGACUUCAUAGUUCAUCAGCUUUCAGUACUAUUUGUUUUUAAACAUCCCCUCAGUUCUUUUCCAUCUUUAAACCAUAUCAAAAUUCUAAAUCAUAUGAAGGUGGCUGUGGAGAGCACCAGAAAUGUUUAGGGUUCAAAGAAGAUUGUUGGUAUUAUUUAGAUUUUAAUUUAAAAUAUGUGUUAAUUUAUUAGCUUUCAAUGUGUGUGAAUGUCUGUCUUGCAUGAGACACAGGGUCUCCGUUGUCAGUGGUGAUAUGAUGAGGAGGGUUUAGCCGCCUCAAAUAGGGUAAAACUCUUUUGUACCCUUCUGUUAAAUAGAUCCACAGCUUUGCAGUAAAAGACAGGAACAGACUGGCAAGAGUUGGGAAACACCUUCCUCCCACAGACUAUGUUACCAGACACUUAAUAUCAUGGGGACACCUAUAGAUAGUAGUUUUUAGGUCUACAAACUUUUCUCAGAUGCGCUAAUAAUCUCAUUGGUUGAAUUAAAACUCAGUUGUUUAGUAAAGAAAGAAACUUUAAGAAAAAUACAAAAAUAUAAGCGGUAAUAACUUGAAUUCAUUCAUUACCAUCAAGGACAUGAACUAAUUACCUUAGUUAGACAGCAAUAAGCUAAUAGUUUCAACUUGGCAAGUCUAAAUUAUUUUAUUAUUUUAAUUUUAGAUUUAUCAGAGUAAUGUACUAGGACUGCAACUAACAAUUAUUUCCAUUACUAAUUAUCUGUUAAAAUAAUGAAUUUGUAUUAAUCACUUCAUAAAUUAAAUCGCUUAAAUGUCCAAACGUGCAAUAAAGUACAACCAAAAGUAAAUAUUAUAACUAAUUUGACGUAAUUUUAAACUAAGCAUCUUUCCUUUUUAUCUGCCUUCUCUUUCAAAGUAUUUUUAGGUUGUCAUCUCUUAAUGUUAAGCACUUUGAACUGUAUUUGUUGUAUGAAAUAGUAAUAUUCUUAUUUUUAUUAUUAUCUCCACCAAUGGGAUUAUUUUAAUGUCUGAGGAAGUGUUUGUAAAGCUAAACUAACUCUUGCCUGGUCUCUUUAUUGAUACAAAUUGUAUCCUAUACACUUUUUUAAACAAGAUCAAUGUUAUAUAUGAGAAUAUUUAAACAAAAAAUAUUUCGAGUUGAAUAUUUUGAGUAUUUGUGGCAGACUUUGUCACCUAUGGACAUAGCCUUUAUUUAUAGGGGGUAUUUUAUUCCCUUUUUCCAAGUGCAG